CGCCCUCUCCCAUCCGUCAGCCACUGGCCCCGCCCCCUCCCAGUAAGUCAGGCCACUGGCCCCGCUCAGCUCCGGACACCGCCCUGCCUGCCCGCCUCGCCCUCCCGCAGUCGGUCGGCAGCUGGCCCCGCCCACCUCCCGGCCCCGCCCCGCCCCGCCCCGCCCCGCCCCGCCCCUCCAGGCAGUGCUCGCUGCUUCACCGGGAACCUUUCCUCAGCCGCGGCUUCGCCUCCCCGCCGGGGCGUAGCUGUGCGGGCUGCGAAGCUCCCGCGACCCAGAAACACUCGGGCACGGGCGGAGCGGCGGGUCUGUGUAGCUGCGCCAUGGCCGCGUCGGCCUGGUGCUGCCUGCGCUGCUGCAGGGACGGCGGGACCGGCCACAUUCCUCUCAAGGAGAUGCCGGCCGUACAGCUGGACACGCAGCACAUGGGGACAGAUGUCGUCAUUGUGAAGAAUGGAAGAAGAAUCUGCGGCACCGGAGGUUGUUUAGCCAGUGCGCCUCUACAUCAGAACAAAAGCUACUUUGAGUUCAAAAUCCAGUCUACUGGAAUCUGGGGUAUAGGUGUUGCAACUCAGAAAGUUAACUUGAACCAGAUUCCUCUUGGCCGAGACAUGCAUAGUCUGGUGAUGAGAAAUGAUGGAGCCCUGUACCACAACAACGAAGAAAAAAACAGACUGCCAGCAAACAGCCUUCCUCAGGAGGGAGAUGUAGUGGGUAUUACAUAUGACCAUGUAGAAUUAAAUGUGUAUUUGAAUGGGAAAAACAUGCAUUGUCCAGCAUCAGGUAUACGAGGGACAGUGUAUCCAGUUGUAUAUGUUGAUGACAGUGCAAUUUUGGAUUGCCAGUUCAGUGAAUUUUAUCAUACUCCUCCACCUGGUUUUGAAAAAAUAUUGUUUGAGCAGCAGAUCUUCUGAAUGUGUUUGUUUUCAAAACUUGCACCUCUGCACCACCACACAAGCGUUCACCACUUAAUAAAGCUCUCCUUGAUCUAGAGAUGAGAACACAUUCUGGAAAUUUCUCUUCUUACUGUUGUCUAAGGGACCCGUGUAUUCAUCAUACCAUACUGAAGUUGGAUUUAAAAUUUCUAGGCAUUGUGAUAGAAAAAUCAGCAUUUGGGGCCUCUUAUUUAAUCUUAUUUAAACUAAUAAACCAUGGGUUUGAUUAACAGUAUUACGUGGUAACAUGUAUAUAAAUAUUUAAAGGGAUUUUUCUUAUAUAAAGUAUUGUUUGACAGUAA